UUAUAGUUAAUAAUUCUGCUCAUUUUGUUGUAGCAAGUGCGAAAGAAGAAGACAAUACCUCUGAUUCUCAAAAGGAUCCCACCAAGAUGCCAUAUGUCAGACCAAACAAAGGUUUGCCGAAACUAAAAUUAAUUCUUGAUCCACGACAUCUGGUAGACAUGAAACGUCUCCUAAAGGAAGGUGUGGAUAUCGUGGAGCACAAUGCUGUCAGCCCUGAAAUUUGCCACGAUAUUGUUAAAGACCUAAAUUCGCCAAAAGGGAAAGGAGGGCAACUAUUCGCUAAAAGGAAGAAGAAAAGCGAAGAAUGGGUCGUCGAUGAAGAAAAAGUAAGAACUUUGCUUCACACUCGAUACCCAGGAUAUUCUUCUCCUGAACCUCCGGUUGAACCUUUGGUUCAUCCCAGAGUGAAAGAACUGUCUGGAGUGAAUUCUCAAGAUAUUGCUGAAUCUGUUAUUCGAGCAGCUGAAGCAAAAAUCAUGACGUAUCCCAAUGCAGUUCCUCAAGUUCCUGUUAUAGAAUGCCUGGAUAGGCCAGACAGCAGUGCAGGAUCCCAAUUACAGACACCGUUGCUGGCUAACCAGUAUCAGAAACCUAAUCCAUGGUCCUCCGACGCUUACAAAUGCAGAUUGCCCAAAGGGUGGACGAGUUCUACGACGUCGUCUUCAAUUCUUGUCCAGGAUGACACAUUUGCAGUGAAAGAGUCCCAGAUAACGACCUUCAUGCCAACUGCCCAGCCUUUGAUGAAAAGUGCCACUACCUCAAAAUUAUUUAAUUUUACCAACUUCAAUGCAUCACCCAAGGCAUGGAGUCCGGAGUUGCCACAACAUUUUCGACCCUCAUCUAUCAAACCAGUCAGGCCUCCUUCUGUCCUUGUUCAAUGAAAUUGUUACCAAAAACAUAAUAUAUAUAUUAAACUUUGUAACUGAGUUGGAAAUUAUUGCAUUGUGUUUUAUACGUAGCUUCCAGUCAUUUGUUGGUAAGCAAAUGGCUGGAAUGCAUUAAAAUACCCUUAGGGUCAACAAAUGUUAUUUCCGAUUGUCAGCUGAAAAUGCUUGUUGGUCUGUGCAAUACAGUUCAUAAGACUUAAGUGACUCCAAAGAUAGUUUUAUUUUGUGCAAAGCUUGCAAAACUCGAACAAAUGUGUUUGUGUUUUUUGAGGGGAAAACUCUCUUUGAUUAAUUUUAGCUGAAAAUUAAAAAUGAUCAUGAAUGAAGUAUUUUGUUUUCUUUUUAUUAUUGUGUAAGUAUAUCCGAAUUCUUGUGUGCACUAAAUUUUUGUUAUGACAUAAAAUGGCGCUAGAAUGCAGUAUAGUGUUUACCUUGUAAGAGAUGCUUAUUCUAAGCAUUAUAAUGCAUAAGAUUAUUUAGUAGGUAGUAUUAGUGAAAUACUACGUUUUUUUUUUCUCUCAGAUAGUCUGGUUUAUUUGAAAAGUUGAGUCUCUGAAUUUAUUGAAUUCUAAUCUUAAAUUGUAUACUUUCUUAUUCAACUAAAAUUUAUUCAUAUGAAUACUGAACUCAAACAGUUUUAAAAAGCAUUGCAUUCCAUUCCUCUAAUUUUUAAAGUGAGAUAGAUACACCCUUUUGUCUUUCUUUAUUCAUGCACAGGUUUUUAGUUUUUGAGAUGCUAUUUAGAAUCUUGUAAAAAAUUACUCGGUGUAAAAUUGAUGUCGUUUGCAAAAUAUGACUCAUGACGAACACCUCAACUUUUACGCCUAAUACUUAUUGCUUUUAUUUAAGGUACUGAUUGUGAUGCUGCAUUUGCUUAAAGGUCACGGGUACACCAGACAAUCAAAAUCGUAAACACCAGACAAUACUUUGGUAGACAAUAAUUAUUAAUAAAAUACAGUUUUCUGCUUUUAUUUGCUUUACGUAUCUUUUUGGCUUACCUCAAAUAUUUAAAGCUGCGUGUUUUAAUAUUGCGACGUCUGUCCUGCGGCUAAUUUACACUGCAUGGAACAUUUAGACGUUUCAUAUUAAAUUAUAAAUUUAUAAUACGAAUCACAUAUAUUGUAGUGAAGGUAUGAGUAUCUAUGUAUACAAAAAAUAAUCUCUAUUUGUGUCAUUAAUCUGUAAUGUGAAUAAAGUUUUCAGCUUAAUAAAAUAGAUAAAUAAAAGCUCUAAGAAGAAAAUAGUUUUUUUUAUAUUUCUGACAAGAAUAGCUUUCUAAUUAACUAGAAAAUAAUUAUGAUAUAGUUUUAUGAUUAAAUAAUUACAUAAAUGAUCAGCUAUGCAUCUUCUAAAUGCAUUUUCUGUUUUAAUGAUUCACAUAACAGUUCUUGCAUAUGUGAUACUUGGUAUUUGCAAAAUAUUUGAAGUAAAAUAUUUUACCCAAAUACUUAGAUUCACAUUUCUUUAAUCACGAAUAUACUUAAUUUUCUUAUAACUGUUACUGUAUAUGUAGAAAGAAAGUCACAGCUGUUUAGUUUUUCUGGAUUGAAGUCAGUUUUGUACUUUUGCUUAAAACUGGUGCUCGUGAAAUGAGCGUUAAGAAAUAUAAAACUGUAAAGAAUUGGUUCUUUUUUAUUGUUUUCUUUAUUAUGUUAUUGUAAAGAAUUGUUAUAUUUAUGGAGUGUUUUUCUGUUUUCACAUGAAAGAUGUGUUUUCUUUUUAAUAAAAUGGAGCAUUUUUCUUAA